AUGGUCCAGACCUCCCUACAGCGUCUGCGUAAUCCUCUUGUGCGCUACAUUUGCGGCGAUGUUGCCUCCUUUCACCCCCUCCCCGCAUCUAUCCAGUCUCAACUAACGCCCGAAGAUGCAUCGCACUUCCGUGUCGUGCGCGUCUACGGCCGUGACCAAAAUAUCAGCUUUGAUUGGUACGGGGAGUACUUUGAAUUCCCAGUCGUGCAGCGCUUGUUCCAGACCGAGUCCUGGGGCAUUCUGCAGUACCAGGUCAUCCGGCGAUAUCACGAGGUGGACACGCAGGAUAUUAGCGUUGUGCUUGAAAUUCGACUACUGCGAGAUUUGGGCGCUGGCAAGAUCAGUGAUUAG